CGACAGCCUACAUCGCGACGCCAUGACAGUGGUGCAGCAGAAUCGCUGGGCGAAACAUGCUGCCGAAAGGGACCAGAAGAUUCAAAGUGCUGCCAUUGCUAUGCAAGUGCUGCUACCGGAGCUGUCCGAAGAGAAGAUCACAACUUGUCUUCGAGAAAACCAUGGAGAUGCAGACAGAGCAUGGCACCAAUUGCAGGACAUCAAUGACGAUGCAGAUCGGAUAGAUCCGAUAGAUGUGACAUCUUAGCUGCGAUCGAAGUGGCUGAGAUGGCCGACGUGGCCAAUGAAGCACCCUCCGAGGCACCCGAGAUGCCGUCGCCCUCUGCGCCAGAGGCGGAACUGCCCAAGGACAUCCUUGACCUGGUGCGGGAUGUGGCACAGGCGGCACCCAGCGUGAGCAUCGCACCGGCCGAGGCCGCGCCGGCCGCGCCGGAGGCCGCGCCACUGCCAGUGGUGGAAGAAGUCAAGGUGGAGGAAAAGACAACACCUGAUUGGCUGCCGAUGUUGAAGUCGCAGCCUAGUACAAAGCGUGGCUUCUAUGAGAAGCAAACGGAUCGAUUGAAGGCCGCGCUGGGCCCCGCUCCAAAGACACCGGCGGUGCAGUCCGCACAUGACCUCGACGUUCGAGGCAAAAUGCGACAAGGGGGCGGCUGAUCCUCAAGGAAGCCUCAGGGCGUUGGCUGACGCUAGCUGGAGCAGGACUCGCUGAGGCACGAGCUGUGGCUCUUCCUGAUCCAUAGAUCCCGAGAGCAAUGGACACAGAGGAUGUUUUUUG